AUGGCUGCCAAACGUCUUUUGGAUGAUUCUAAUCAAGACAAGCACAAACGUAUCAGAACUACAACAACAACUUCUUUUGCUUCGGUAAUAGGAGAAGUUGUUAUGGUGAAAAACAUGCAAAACCUUUUCUCUGGCUUAGAACCAUUACUUAGAAGAGUUGUGAACGAAGAAGUUGAACGAGCAAUGAGAAAAUGUUAUCCAUCGCGAUCGAUGACAAAGUCACCUUCAUUGAGACUCCAAGCAAUGGAACAUCCAUCGAGUUUUCAAUUCAUUUUCAAAAAGAAGCUUUCACCUUCAAUUUUCACAGGUAGUAGAUUACUAGACAUGGAUGGAAACUCGAUCAAUGUGAUUCUUGUCGACAAAUGCAAUGACCAAAAUGUCCCUACAAGUCUGCCUCACCCAAUCAAGAUAGAAAUUGUAGUUCUUAAUGGAGAUUUUCCAUCUAGUGAAAAGGAAUCAUCAUGGACCAGUGAAGAGUUCAAUAGUAAUAUUGUGAAAGAAAGAACCGGGAAGAGGCCAUUGCUGACCGGAGAAUUGAAUCUUACAAUGAGAGACGGAAUUGCACCAAUUGGGGAUAUUGAGUUCACUGAUAACUCAAGCUGGAUUCGUAGCAGAAAGUUUAGACUCGGUGUUAGAGUUGCUCCAGGGACUAACCAAAAUGUUCGAAUUCGUGAAGGCAUGACCGAACCUUUUGUUGUUAAGGAUCAUCGCGGAGAAUUGUACAAGAAACACCACCCACCCAAUCUGAAUGAUGAAGUGUGGCGUUUAGAGAAGAUCGGAAAAGAUGGAGCUUUUCACAAAAAAUUAACUUCAGCAAAGAUCACAACAGUUCAAGAGUUUCUCAAAUUAUCUGUAGUUGAUCCUCGUAAACUCAAAAAGAUAUUAGGAGUUGGAAUGUCAGAGAAAAUUUGGGAUGUAACAAUGAAACAUGCAAAGACUUGUGUAAUGGGAAAUAAACUUUAUGUGUACCGUGGACCUCAAUUUACCGUUCAUCUGAAUGCGAUAUGUCAAAUGGUUAGAGCUUAUACCAUAAAUGGCCAAACCAUUCCCAACAGAGACAUUAAUAACAUCAACAAGAACUUCAUACAAAACUAUGUAAAAGAAGCGUAUAAUAGAUGGAAUGAGUUGGAAGAAAUUGAUGAAGCUUUGAAUGAUAACGUUGCUUUGUUAACUCAAGGUGAAGGUGUGGAACAAUUUCAAAAUAAUAAUCAUCAAGCUUCAUAUGAUCAGAAUGACUUUUUUGUUGAUAAAUCUGGGUGCAUAGAAUGGUCACCAUUUGCCACGUCAUCGUUGGUGAAUGGAAUAGCUUAUAGCUUCUCAGGAGCAAUUAUUGAUGAUGGAGCCUUGAGGUGGCAUUAG